AUGUGGGCUGUGGUGUGCUGCUUGCAGGGCCCCUGGGCUGAGACCAUGAUGUACGCUGCUAUGAUGAAAGGACAUUGGGUCUUCUUCCAGAACUGUCAUCUGGCUCCCAGCUGGAUGCCCACACUAGAGAGACUGAUUGAACAUAUCGACCCCGGAAAGGUGCACAAGGACUUCCGUUUGUGGCUAACAAGUCUUCCCAGCAACAAGUUUCCUGUCUCUAUUCUCCAAAAUGGUUCCAAGAUGACCAUUGAGCCUCCGAGGGGAAUCAAAGCCAACCUUCAGAGAACUUAUCUAAAGCUCAGCAAUGACUUUAUCAACUCCUCUACUAAGAUGGGGACUUGAAUAUUUGCAUUAGCCAGCUAAAAAUGUUUCUGGA